CUCCCUCCGCGCCGGACUCUGACGCUCCAAUACCGACUCCGCGCUCCGCUCUCCUCCUGCGAGUGCGACGGCACAAUAACUACGCGCUCGAAACAUCAUCGUCAUGGCUCUCGGCAGGACGGCGCUCAUCUUGCCAGGACUUUACUUCAUCCUCUCGGCUUGUUGCUGGCAAGCAUGUGCAAAGGUGGAGAUGGAGCGACAGGUGGAGGUGUCCAUUGGAGAGACAGCGACAAUUUCCUGUUUUUUCAACAUAUUACCGGCUGUAAUGGAGUGGUUUAUGACAAGGAAGGCUGGACACAGGGAGCGGAUCUAUCUUAUUGAAAGCCACAGGAGUGUUGCAGAAUUGGACACUGACUUUACCGAUCGCAUUAGCGUGAGGCAUACCAACAGAAGCGUCAUAUUGACCAUCAACAACGUGAAGCUGACAGAUGAGGGCGAGUUCAUCUGCCAAUUAAAUGGAACUUCCACUGGGAUUGAAGAGGGGAAAACCCAGCUGAAGGUGUUUGUGCCACCAGAAUUUCCGAUCACUGAGACCAUCACCGUGGGUGUCCAUGUUAACCAGCAGAAACCAUCAAAGAUUGCAACUUGUGAGACCCGAAAUGGGUACCCCGAACCCAACAUCACCUGGUAUCGGAAUAACACUCCUCUGCGGCGAAGUGACCAGAUCAUGAUAGUACCUCUGGUGAUACUAGAGUCCAGUGGGCUCUACACAGUCCAGAGCGAGUUGCACCUUAGGGUGGCCAAAGAGGACAAGGAUGCAACGUUCUAUUGUGAGGUCUCCUUCUUUGUUCCUAAAGCAACGAAGAUGAUAGAGUCAAAGCCCUUCAGUAUCCCGGUGUCCUACCCAACAACCAAGAUUGAGGUCUGGAAAGAAUAUCCAGAAGGACUGGUCAAAGAAGGGGACACUGUGAAGAUCCGUUGUCGGGGAGAUGGUCAACCCCAGCCGAUUCUCACCAUAACUCAUAUGGAUGAAGAAGUUAGGUCUGAUGAAAUGGGUCUUCUGGUGCUGGAGAAUGUGAAUCGGACAAACAGCGGUAUCUAUGUGUGUCGCUCCCUUGACUGGGAAGCUGGUGAAGAGAUUGAAGGAAAUACCAGCCUUGAGGUUCACUACCUUAAUUCUACCGUGCUGGAUCCCACAGACCACGAAUUCAUCUUGGGUCAAGAUGUAGAAAUCUUCUGCAGUGCCAGUUCAUCCCUUGAGACCACAAUAAAGUGGUGUAAGGAUGGGAAGAAUGUGAGUAAUGAGAACCGGCUGUACCUGGCCGACAUCACGUACGACAUGGCAGGGGAGUAUAUUUGUGAAGUGACAGUUCCUUUGCUGCCAGAACUGCAAACCAGCACUUCUUUCCCUUUAAUUAUCUAUGGGCCGCCACAGAUGAUAGACCCCGAUGCUGAUGCUGUGCUGGAAACCAAAGUGGGGACUUCAGUGAACCUGACUUGUGAAGCCCAAGGCAUGCCUUUGCCCACCAUAACCUGGAGCGUUACUGGCACACGGACUCGUUAUGAGGUGGUGGACGAGAACUUGGUUCGCAGCUCAGUGAAUAUCAGGGUGACAUCUGACCUCACAGCCUCCUGCAACGCCACUAAUGACAGGGGCGUGGAUGCAAAGUCCUUCAGCAUCAAAGCCACUCCCUUGAUAUCAACCUCAGCUGUGCCCAGCAGCAAUGGUACCAGUGCAAAGAAGGUCCAGAAAGAAAACGGUGUUAUCAUUGCUGUCAUCAUCAUCUGUAUCCUUCUGCUGGCCAUCCUGGGGAGUGUGCUUUACUUUCUGUACAAAAAGGGCAAACUGGCUUGUGGACGAUCUGCCAAAAAGGACAUCACUAAGGAAAAAGGUCAUAAAGAUGACAUUGUCACGGAAAUGAAGACAGACAAGACAGAGGAGACAGUUCUUCUGCAGGGAGUUAACGGUGACAAACAACCUAACGAUAAGUAAAGAGAUGAAUACACCGAGGUGCUAAAGUGAGGAAGUUGAUGGGACUUCGCUCCUAGGAGGACCACAGCAGCCACCGCAAGCAUCUCGUUCCGGGACCUGCACAAGACAUGACAGCAACCCCUUUCUUGAACUCUUCCUUUAUGCCAGUUUUCAAUGAACCUUUCAGAUGUUGCUUUUGCACAUUGUUGACUGGUGCAGAGUAAGCAUGGCAGGGGUAUCCAUCCAUUUUUGUUCAUUCUUUCUCAGACUUUACACUGAAUACCAAUCAAGCCCUCAGAUGGUGUACAGCAUAGCAGUCGCUGCUUCACCUCUGGCUGCUAUUAGGAUGUCGCUCUGCAAAUUCUGUUCAGGUGCUUCUGGUACUGGUGAAAGGGAAGGUAUCGAAUGGCAAUUCACAGGAUGGAAGCCUGCGAAGACUGGAAGAUGGAUUUCCACUUCUGUCUUUUGCUCACGCUACCAAACAAGCGGAUUCCAAAGGGGCGGAAAACGGUGCGUGAAGCCGGAAAUUGUGAGCAUUCUUUACCCAUGAUUGCUACAACAAACUGAACCAGCUCAAACUUUCCUCCUCAAUGUCUGGCUCCCUCACAAACCUGAGCUGAGAAGCAGUGGUUGGUCAGUAGUCAGAGUGUUAGGGAAUUCUUACUCCAUAAUUGUUUUAAAUAUCAUUUAUUUGAUUUUGCAGAAAAGUUCCAUAUAAUGUAAACCUUCACUGUAUGAAUCUGCUGUUCAGCACUUACACUGUAUAUAAAACAUAGAAUGUUGUUCACGUGAUGGGGAAUAUGCUCUGUAAAGAAGUUCAUUCUAUUUCGAAACUCCUCCGUGAUAUAAAAGUUAUGUAGGAAAAAAUAUUCAAAUUUCCAUACCCUUUCCAGUACAUCAUCUUUCUUUUCAAAGCAUAGAUACAGCUUUGCUUUUACAAUCCAAUAUCUCUGGAGGAAGUACGGAAGACACUGCAAGCCCCAAAGCCCAUCGCCACCACUGCACUCAACAUCGGGGACGGGUGUGCUCCUCUAAGGGCCUUCUGUUGCCAUAAAAUCACUGUCAGUCAUGCAGGAAUGACCCAUGUUAAUUUUGACUUUUUUUUUUUUUUUUUUGUGAACUGCUGUCAAGUUAAGGUCUGUGAAUAUUUAAUCAGUCCUGAUGGAACACAUACAAACUUCUCCUGUGUGAAGUACAGCAUGGAUUUAACCAUUUUUCCAUAUGUAUAAAUAAUGUAGGCUUUUUGCUCAAUACAUGUUGUUCAUAUUGUUCAGUACAUGUUCUUGGAAAGAAUCUGCAAUGUGGUUUUAUGUUUAGUGUUUCCUGGGUUUGCUGCCUUACUAGGCUACAAUUCAAAUACUCCUGUGCUUGGCACCUUAGAACCCUGUACAGAUACUUUUGUGUACCACUCAGAGGAAAAAGACACAGUACAAAGCUCACAUGUAUCGUCACCAAACGCAGCACAGUCCGUGACAUUAAACACUAAGUGUUUAAUCAUUUAAUCCCAAAGUACUUUGUCUAGAUGUAUAUACGGCAAGGAAGCGGUCGCAGAACUCGCCCCAUUUCUAGUGUCUAAUUUAUUAUUUUUUUAACUUAAAAAUCAAGUUAGGUAAAUCAGAAACUUAGGACACAGUAGUUUGCCGUGAGGGGAUAUUUCAUGUCCAUGUAGAAUAACUUGAGUCAUGACUCAUGUGGACUGUGUUUAACCUCUCCGAAUUAAAACGCAUGAGCUACAGUACAGGUAUGGCUGUGUUUUGUACGCCACAAUUCCACUAGAAAAAGUAAAAGUUAAAAAUAAAAAAAUGCAACAAUUAAAA